AUGCCUGGAUGGGUCAUGGCUAAGUAGUUUCUAGUUUGAACGUUAAGUUUUUUCUGCCCGCGUUCAAGUGCGUGCACCUUUUCCGCUAGAAUUUAAGCUAGCCCCUUCCAUCGUGUCAACGAUGGCUUGGAAGAAACCCCAGCAGGAAGUGGACAUGCACUUCCCCACGCGCGUCCCGGAAGCUGGGAAGCUGCGGUGUCCCCAGCCAGGCCCCUUCCCCUGCUGUGUCCUUCUCUGCAGAUCCCCCUGGCCCAGUCCGAGGCCUUCCUCACCGACCUUUUGGACAACGUGUGUGAGCGGAUGAACGACUACAAGCUUGAGGAGGACCCGGUGACCAAAGAGAAAAAUUUCAAGAGAUUUGCUCCCAGGAAAGGAGACGAAAUAUACAAAGAAUUUAAAAAAUUCUUUUUUUAUUCCGAUGCUUACAGACCUUUGAAAUUCGCGUGUGAGACCAUCAUUGAGGAGCACGAGGACGACAUCUUCGCCCUUCUCACCCAGGAGGCACACUCCCUGGCUGACAAGCUGUGCACUGAGAAGUCAGACCUGUGCUCCGCUUCGACUAAUCACACUGAGCUGUAGGAACGCCGCGCUCCGAGCUCUACUGGAGAAGUCCGGGCC